GCCGCUAACGACGUCGCUGGGUGAAAAGUUUAGUUAAAAGUCCAAAUAAUAAGAAAACUCAAGAACUCCCUACAAACAAAGAGAUAGAAACUUUAGUGAAUAAUUGUGAAUUUUUUUAGUGAAGUGUUGCAAAAUAUUCGAUAAUAAAAAAAGGGAACUAGAUAUAUUUGAAAUCCUAAACCCUAUGAAAGACUCGAUGAGCAUACUCACCCAAACGCCCAGCGAGCCAAACGCAGCGCAUAGCCAGCUGCACCACCACUUGAGUACGCUGCAGCAGCACCACCACUACGGCCUACAGCCACCGCCGGUGGUUGGUAUUCAUAGUCAUCAUAUCCAAGGCGGCACCUCCACCAUGUCCUCCUCCGGCGGCGGCGGCAGCACCACCAAACCCAAUCGAUCCCGCUUCAUGAUCAACGACAUUCUGGCGGGCAGUGCAGCCGCUGCCUUCUACAAGCAGCAGCAGCAGCACCACCAUCAGCAGUUGCACCACCACCACCACCACAACAACAACAACAACGGCAAUAAUUCGGGAUCCAGUGGCGGCAGCAGUCCCGCUCACAACAACAACAAUAACAACACUAAUGGGGAGAACUUUGAGGCACCCAUUGCGAACUUGCCGCCUGCCCACCUGCACCACCCACAGCCACAUCCGCAUCCGCAUCCGCACUCCGCACUGAUGCAUCCGCAUGGCAAGCUGGCCGGCCACUUUCCACCCACCGCCGGCGGCAAUGGGUUAAACGUGGCCCAAUAUGCGGCGGCCAUGCAGCAGCAUUAUGCCGCUGCUGCUGCCGCGGCUGCUGCAAGAAAUAGCGCAGCUGCUGCCGCCGCCGCUGCCGCUGCGGCUGCCGUGGGAGCAGGAGGCGGGGGAGGAGGACCCCCAGUGGGUGGUGGCGGUGGAGAGGUGGCGCCACCGAAGGCCGGCGACCUGGACGACAGCAGCGAUUAUCACGAGGAGAACGAGGACUGCGACAGCGACGAGGCGGGAGGCAGCGGCCACAUGGACGAUCACAGCGUUUGUAGCAAUGGCGGCAAGGACGACGACGGCAACAGUGUGAAGAGCGGCUCUGCCAGCGACAUCAGCGGUCUGAGCAAGAAGCAGCGGAAGGCCCGCACCGCCUUCACCGACCACCAACUGCAGACGCUGGAGAAGUCCUUCGAGCGGCAGAAGUACCUCAGCGUCCAGGAGCGACAGGAGCUGGCCCACAAGCUGGACCUCAGCGACUGCCAGGUGAAGACCUGGUACCAGAAUCGCAGAACCAAGUGGAAGCGUCAAACGGCCGUGGGUCUGGAACUUUUGGCCGAGGCCGGCAACUUUGCGGCCUUCCAGCGGCUGUACGGCGGUUCGCCCUAUUUGGGGGCGUGGCCGUACGCGGCAGCCGCUGGAGCCGCCCACGGAUCGGCGCCGCACACUAACAUCGACAUCUACUACCGCCAAGCGGCCGCCGCAGCCGCCAUGCAGAAGCCACUGCCCUACAACCUGUACGCCGGCGUACCGUCCGUGGGCGUGGGCGUGGGAGUGGGCGGGGUGGGUCCGGCUCCGUUCUCCCACCUGUCCGCCUCCAGUUCGCUGUCCUCGCUGAGCAGCUACUAUCAGAGUGCCGCCGCCGCAGCGGCAGCUGGACAACCGGGAGGGGCGCAUCCGCUGCCGGUUCCCGUAGCGCCGCCUUCUUCGGUGGGCGGAGGAGGAGGAGGAGGAUCGCCGCCCAAGCCCAUUUCCAUUCCCGCCUCCGUCUCCCCACCGCCAAGGCCGCCGUCGACGCCCAGUCCCACGCUGAAUCCGGGAAGUCCGCCCGGUCGAUCCGUAGACAGCUGUUCGCAGUCGGACGACGAGGAUCAGAUCCAGAUCCAGGUGUGAGCGGCUGAAAAGGAGUGCGUGCCGCCUGAAAAACGUGAUUUUCUUGGGGUAUAGACCACAUUGUAUCUUAGAUCUUAUACUUAUCAAAGAUGAAGAGAGGGAAGUUUUGUUUUUGAAUUUAGCCGGCUACAUAUCAUGUUUUUGUGCUUUUUCCUGCUUACUUGCUUUCAAUUGCUCCAAAAAAUAUUACACAUUUAUAUAUUAUUAUUAUUAUCAAUUUUAAUUGAAUACCAUAUCACCCACUCCUUUCUAUGGUUCAAAUUUGAGUACAAAAAAAUAUUUCGUUUAAAUUAAAUGGAAAUAUAUUUCAUGGCAUUUAUAAAUUUAAGAGCAAAAACACAAAAGGUUCUGUUAGGUCAUAAAAGGUAGCACAAAAAUGUUCAGUAUUUAAAACGAAACCAUUAAUAUACUUGACAAAAAAAAUAUCCCCAAGAAUUUGCGUUUUUUAGCCCGCGCAUUUGCCCCGCUUGUCUGUGUGUGUGUGUGCCUGUGUGUGUAUAUAAUCAUAUAUCUCUGUGUGUGCUUGCUUAAUUUAUUUGAUUUGCUUUUAGUAACUUAUUGAAAAUGUUUUCUACACCUUUUUUUUAUUAGCAUACUAUAGUGGCAUUAAAUUAAGCAAAUAUUUAUUUGAAUGUUGUAAAAACUAGUAGCCAAAAAAGCAAAAUAAUUUUGUAUAGUUAAGCCUAACCACGAAAUGUAUUAUCGAAUAAACCAUUUUUUUUUGCUAGCCUAGAACCAUAAACGUUGUAAAUGUAAAAUGUAAAGUAUA